ACGCCUCCUGUGACGUCACACGUACACGGUCUGAGGUUACACGGGGCUACUAUGAUGUUCAAACGUAUUAGCUAUCGCUGCACAUAAACAUCCUCGAAACCGGAGCGUGGAAACAAAACGAAGACACGAUCUGAACGACAACAAAAAAAAACACAAGAGAACACCGGAGCACGGAAGACGAGAUCCAUCCCGCUCGUAAUUGUGAGAUCUUGCAUUUGUUUUGAUUCCUUGAAGGAAAGAUGCAGUCGGCAAGAAUUCUGAUCAUUUUAGGCCUCCUUGUUCCUCAGUGCGCAUUGGGCGCCCCAACCCAACAAGCAAUGCAAUUCCUCGAGGCCAUGGGCAGCAAGUACAAAAACCCAACAGUCUACGCAGUUCGCUUAGACUCAGAUGUCAGCUUAGACUGCGAUACGAACGAGCGCUCAGUUGUGGUCACCCUGUGGCACAGGAUGAGACCUUCUGAUACCUUCAGGCAGGUUCCUGAACAGGAAGGAAAAGUGAACAAGAAAAAGCCCGGGAAAUUCACCGUGCUCAAAGUCACUCUGGAAGACAUAGGGUUCUAUCAGUGUAGAGCUCUGAGUGAUAGCAAACAAGAAAUCACCAGGGAUUUUGUUGUUAUCAUUUCUGCUUCCCCAAGUCUGGUAAUGUCCCCAGAGGUCCUUCUGGAACGCAAAGUGUCAGGCAGUGAUGUUAGGAUAUCAUGCGAAACUACUGCCAAUCAGCGCAUUAAGUGGUUCUAUUACCCAACCAAUGAAGACCCGUCACAGAAGCAGAUGAUUCAGCACUCUAACAAAUACCAUGUGUCUAGCGUCACAGAAAGUGCUGGUUAUGGAUCCAUUAAUGUCACAAUAACCAAAAGCACUCUCACCAUUGUCAACGCCCAGGUUGCUGAGAGCGGUCAUUACGAAUGCAGUCUAGGAAAACCGUUUGAAUAUCUGUACAGGAAUAACCAUCUAGUUGUAACAGACCCCACUGCACCGGUAUUCAGCACCAACUCAGAAACCAUCACGGCCGCGCCCAAUACCCCAGUCUUCCUCGGAUGUAAGCCUAAUGGUUACCCUAAACCCACAAUCAAGUGGAAAUAUACCCCACAUAUGCAGAAGGCAAUGUUUAUUAAACUCUGCACCCGUAUCCACAUUGAAAGAUGCACUGAUGAGGAUUUCAUCCAAGCUACAGAUGGUAUCAUAGUAGAGCGACCUGAUGUGAGCUACCACAAUGGAAUGUUCAGUUGCAUUGCAACCAAUUCCUAUGGUAUCGGGCAGAAAGACUUUUCCAUCAAAGUCCCACAUGCCCCUGAGAUAGACAGAGACAAGACUCCUACAAGAAUCUUCCGACCUCCUGGUCCUACAAGUAUAACUGUGUUCCUAAAGCACACUGGUUACCCUACCCCAGGAUUCAAAUGGGAGUUUAUUCCCGUAUUUGAUUAUAACUACAUACCCAAGCAAGAUGACUGGAGAGUAUUUGGAAAGGAGUAUACUGCAGAUAACAUUGUCGCAGUACCUGACUUCAUUUCUAUUGGAGCAUUGUUUAGACUAACUGUUACCAACAAGAUGGGCUCUGAUAGUAUUGCUAUAGCAUUCUACAGGAAGUGGUGAAAUAAGAUGGACUCUGAUAGAAUGCAUUCUACAGGCAGUAGUGAAACAAGAUGUGGGCUCUGAUACAGUACAUAGUAUGGUUCUCACCUUUUAAAGGCAUUAGGUAAUUGCAAAACAAAUCCAAGCAAAUAAACAGCCCCAUGGUUUAGCAUUGUCUCCUGGUCAUCAAUUUAUUUAGUGUAUAUCUCAGUUUUCGGUAGUUAACUGGUAGACAAAACGGAUCAUCAACACAGCCAAUUUCUGUUUCUGAUGAGGAUCCAAGCUGACCAGUCAAGAAAAACGAACCGUUUAGAUUGUUUGAUAGAGAUUUUCUAAAUUGUACAGUACAUAGUCAUAUAUAACCAGAUGGUGAUCAUUAUUGAUUAUGUUUAUUUCAGUUUCUACAAAACAUCAUUAUGUAUAAUUAUCAACUUUUUUAAGUAAAGUAAUGUUUCAUAUAA